GUCUGCGCAGGACGUGAUAUCUGUGAGUAAAACCUGUUUCGCUGUCUCUUGGUCAUCAUCACACAUGGACAGGCUGCACAUUUUCAUUUUCGGCCUCUUGGGAGUUGUAUCCUUCGGUCAUGAUUGGAUCUCUGGAUCAGCGUUGGAGAGGACAGUAAGACCAGGAGACAACAUCACUCUCUACUGUGACUGCAAGUUAUCAACCGGUGUAUACAUAGUGUGGUACAGGAACUGCUCUCAUGAGAACCAGCCUUCUCUCGACCUUAAUACAAUUUCAAGGGAAAAAGAUUUUCUGGAAAAAAGAUUUCUGAAUCCUCUUCCUCGUUUCCACUUUGUGAGAAACGUUUCCUCUAACUCCUAUGACCUGCUGAUCAUUAACAUCACUGAGACCGAUGAAGGGCUCUACUACUGUGCAACUUAUGAGCUUAGGGUGGACAACAAGGAAAAAAUUACUUCCAAAUAUGUUUACACAUAUGGCAACAUCUCAACAAGGAUCCAUUUCAACUCCAGUGAGCCUGAUCACCAGGAAUUUAAGUUAACGCAAGACUGUGGUGUGUGCUGGAUGCUGCUGUUCUCUCUGUGUCCUGCUCUUGCUGUUCUGUCCUCUCUCCUCUCCUCUCUCCUGGUGUAUCACCUCUGUAAGAAAGAAGCUAAAGAACCUCAAACUGAUCAGCAAACACCACGAUCAAGACUAAAUCAGGAUGAAGAUGUGUGUUAUGCUGCACUGGAAAUUCAUCCGACAUCACAGAAACCAAAGAGGAAUACCACCAAGAGUUCUGACUUCAGCACCUAUUCUGCUAUCAACACUUCUAGGAUGUAAAGACUUGCAAGAAACUUAGUAAAAAAGUUUUAUGCAUAAAGUAUUUUUUUAAGGUGUAAAGCAGAUAUGUGUCUAAACUCUAUUUCUAUCACUUAAAAAAUAUACAAAUAAAGAAAAACCUCCAGA